CGUGGAUGAUCGCAUAUGGACCCUGACCUGACUCCCGUCUCAGAAAAUAGAGGAUUCGCUGGCCUCUUGCGCUGUUGCGGCGAAGUGAUGUUUUUUUGGGGCUCUCUGCUCUCCACAAUCACCAUCGUCUCCAUGUCUUCAUUCUGAGCGCGGUCUUAUCGCUCUUCUCCUUGCAUUCACCACUUUCAUUUGGGUCCGACUGCUCGUGCCCGUUUCAUCGCUGCUGGCUGAUUGAUUGCUCUCCAUCAUGCGCUCCUUUUCACUGCUGCUGCUCGCGUGCUUGACUGCACUGGCAGCGGCUUGGUCCAAGGAAGACCAUGAGAUCUUCCGCCUUCGCGACGAAGUAGCGACCAACGAAGGUCACAACGUCACAUUCUACUCAUGGCUGGGGAUCCAACCUUCUGCCUCGCAAGCCGACAUCAAUGCCGCCUACCGCAAACUCUCCCGCUCUCUCCACCCCGACAAGGCCCAGAGCAACUGGAUCGCCUCCUACAACCUGCCCCCUCGCGCCAAGCCCGGCGCCAAACCGACCGUUCACGUUCACAAGAACAAAAAACCCUCGGCCAGCGAGAUUGCCAAAUUCCACAAGACUGCCUCUGCGCGGUUCGAACGUCUCUCGCUGAUCGCCAAUGUCCUACGUGGACCCGAACGCCAGCGCUACGACCACUUCCUCCGUAAUGGCUUCCCCAAGUGGCGCGGCACCGGUUACUACUACGAGCGCUUCCGCCCUGGUCUCGGCACCGUCCUCUUCGGUCUGUUCGUCUUCGCCGGUGGUGCAGUCCACUACGCCGCGCUGUACGUCAGCUGGCGCCGCCAACACGAAUUCCUCGACCGCUACAUCCGCCACGCCCGCCGCACCGCCUGGGGCGACGAGAUGUUCGGCUCCUCGGGCGCCAUCCCCGGACUAGGCGGCAGCAGCAGCGACGCCACGACCGCCACAGCAUCGUCACCCACCGCCGCCGCAGGAGAAGGAAAUGACGUCGCGAUCGCAUACAACCGAAAGCAGAAACGCGCCAUGGACAAGGAGAAGCGCAAGGACGCCAAGAACCCCGGCAAGGCCGCGUCCAAAGCCGCCGCCGCCGAGAAGCAAAAGGCGCGCGCUGCGGCCCUGUCGGGCGCCGCUGAGGAGGAGCUCGAGGAUGAGGAGGAAUACGACGACUUCCCCGCGGUGAAGCCCGUGGGCGCGAAGAAGCGCACGGUGGCCGAGAACGGCAAGAUCCUCAUCGUGGACAGCGUGGGCAACGUCUUCCUCGAGGAGACGACCGCCGAGGGCGUCCGCCAGGAGUUACUCCUGGACACCCUACAGCCCAACGAAGUCCCCAAACCGACCAUCAACGACACCAUCCUCAUGCGUCUGCCGCUGUUCGUCUACAACCGCACCCUCGGCGCCCUCAUCAACCGCCCCACGACGGGCCACUUGGUCAAGCAGCUCCAGAACGGCGGUGCGGAUGGAGGACAGCAGGACAUCCUCGUGUCCGCCGCGGUGCCGGAGAGCGAGGCGAAGGCGAGGAAGGAGAAGGCCGGGAAGAAAUAGAGAGCGAGGCGAGACAAAUGAAGGAGAGAGUUUGUGGAAACGGAGAGAAUGACGAGAGGAAAAUCGGUGGUAUCAGUCGUGGUGGUGAGCUGAAUUCCCUCUUCACAAA